UCAAGAGCGUAUACUCAGAAUUAUAAAUGAAAACCUGGUUUUGGAUUCUUGGCUGGUCCCUUUCCAUUCUGACCAUAACUGGAAAUGGAUUUAUCAUCUUUCUUGUUUGGAGCAAACGGCAGCUUCGCACCAAAACCAACGCGCUUAUUGUUUCACUCGCAGUGGCGGACUUGUGUGUUGGAAUAAGUGCAGUUCCCUUUUUGUAUGUUUGUAAGAAGACAACAGUUUGCAAUCAUCUACAUUUUCUCAGCGCGUAUGGUGUGAGGAUUUUCUUCGCAUAUGCGUCUGUGACAAACCUGUGCAGUUUAGUCCUGGAUCGCUACAUUGCUGUUCUUAAACCUUUAAAAUAUUUGACAUUUAUGUCCCGUCGCCGGGUCAUUCAGAUGAUUCUCGUAUCUUGGGCAAUUCCUUUCACUCUGUGCGUUGGUAUAGUUUUUAAAUCGGCAACCGUCCUUAAGGUGUUAACUUGUUUAAUUCUGUUUUUAGAGGUUUUUCCAAGUUUGAUGCUAAUAUUUUGCUUUGUAUCGAUGUUACAAGUUGUAUUCAAACAUAAUCGAGCCACUCGUUUUUUAUCAAAACAGUUACGCUUCAACCAUCAGGUUUUCUUCAAAACUCAGGAAAAGUCUGCUAUGAUAAUGAUGGGGAUUGUGAUAAGUUUGUUUCUUGUGUGUUACGCGAUUUUUCUGCGCUGUACCUUAAUUUAUCUAUUCAAUAUUCCAUCUUCAUGCGGUGACACUGACUACAAAAUCCCUAUUUUAGUGUGUAACUCCGCCAUCAACCCAUUGGCAUACUAUUUCUUCAAGAGAGACAUUAACAAAGAGGUUAAAAGGCGAAUUUGCUGCGCCACGUCAACACAGCGGAACAGGAUAUCCAUCCUUUUUAAAGAAAACAGUUUUUCACUGGCCAUCGUUAAGAGAUCAAGUUGAGCGAUUAGUCCUGACAAAUAUUGCUUUUUUAUAGGAACAGAAACUCAGUUGCUCAGGUCAUUCUAACUAUAACUAUAACCAAAGGUAAAAGGCUUCAUCAGAAAUGCUUGGUGGUUGAAUUUAUAUCUUUGAAUGUCAGGGAAGCUAUCAAAUGGCCUGUCA